GUUUUGGCUUUUUGCGAAAUGCAAGACAUUUGUUUUUUAGGUUAUGUACUAUGUCAUAUUUUAUAAACUUCAAAAGUUGCAGUUAUUUUGUUACAAAAAAUUACACAAGUUACAUCAAUUGAAAGGUUAUGUGAGUUGGAUUACGUUAAAAAUUUUCCAAUCGUUACACCAAGAUUAUAACCUUAAAAUAGUCACAUGUACGAUGUUCUGUACCAAAUAUAACUUAUUUUCUUUGAAACACGAACAACUCCAACAUGUUUUCAAACACUAUUCGGUUCAUCGACCAUCCGUUGUAGUAAAAAAAUUCAUACCAAAUCCAAACAAAUCUCGAAUAAAAACAACAGAGCCUGCCCCAUGUACAUUUGAGGUACGUGGAGGUCCUCGUGUAAACGAAUUAAAUAUUCAAAUGUUGUCGUCACAACUUUUUGAGCAAGUUUUCAAAGGACUAGUUGUGAAUAAGUGUGAUGAAGCUAUUGUUAGAGAGUGUCUUAAAAGCCUGCAAGAACACAACAUGGUGCAAAAACCGGAGAGCUACAUGAAGGACGUGGAAUUUCAAAUACCACCACUCGAGGGUAAAAAUAUCGAAGAGCAUUUUCACGUCAUUGGAGAUCAACAACUAAAACCUUAUCGCGAAUUAAUUGAAAAGCUUUUAACAAAAAUACCUGAACCACCUGAUAAAUGGGAAAUGCAGCAGGGGUGGACAAGAUACGCUCCAGGUCUACCACCACAACAAGUGCCAUAUCCAUUAGAAGAAGGAUUAGUUUUUGAUAUUGAAGUUGCUGUAACUGUUGGGAAAGCACCGACCUUGGCCACAGCCGUGAGCAGCGAGGCAUGGUAUGGAUGGGUGAGCCAGAUGUUGCUGGAUGGUACAAGCAAACCUGUAACAACCCAUCAUUAUUUUCUCGAUCAGUUAAUACCCCUGGAAAGUACAUCAAAGGACACAGGCAUAAAACUCGCUAAACACAUGAAACAACCUAAAGUAAUUGUAGGCCACAACGUAUCAUACGAUCGUUCCAGAAUUAAAGAACAGUAUUGGUUAAACCAAACCGGUACUAGGUUUAUCGACACAAUGAGUCUACAUGUUUGUGUUAGUGGUUUAACGAGUUACCAACGUGCAAUUCUUAAAGCUGGUAAAACUGACGAAGAAGAUGAAAUUUGGAGACAACAAAGUUCUUUAAAUAGCUUAAAUGAAGUUCAUAAGUUGUACUGUGGAGGAAAAUCUGUAGCGAAAGAAACGCGAGAUCUAUUUGUCACAGGGAGUUUAAAUGAUAUUAAAGGAGAGUUUCAAACAGUUAUGAAGUAUUGUAGUAGUGAUGUUGUGGCUACUUACAAUGUUUUAAAAGAAUUGUUUCCGAUGUUUUUGGAACGGUUUCCACAUCCAGUUACAUUAGCUGGAAUGUUGGAGUUGAGUACUGGUUAUUUACCAAUAAAUUCAAACUGGAAUCGCUAUAUCGAUAAUUCGGAACAAGCUUACGAAGACAUGGACAUUGAGGGGAGAAUUUUGUUAGCGAGGAGGGCUGAUCAGGCGUGCCAACUUUUACACGACGACAAAUAUAAAGAAGAUCUAUGGUUAUGGGAUCAAGAUUGGACAGUUAAAAAUCUCAGAAUGAAGAAAAACUCUUCUAAAAGAAAAGACAUUGAGACACCACCACCACCAGCAAAUGAUGAUCAAACGAUCGACCCAUUGGAAGAGAAAUUUCGCAGUUUAAUGGAGACAAAAGCCAAUAUUUCAAGUGUAAAUUCUCAUCUUCCUGGCUACCCUACAUGGUACAAAAAACUAUGUACGAAACCCGACUCUUCAUCUAACUGGAUUCCUGGACCUCAUCUAAUUAGUACUUCGAUGAGGAUCACUCCUAAGCUAUUAUCCCUCACUUGGGAAGGUUUUCCUUUACAUUAUACUCGAGAAAAAGGUUGGGGUUUUCUCAUCCCUUUCACCGACGAUAUUGAAACCAGUAGAAAGUUGCCUUUGCAAAAGCUUCUCGAAAAGUGUCCAUUAAAAAUUAAUAAAGCCAAAGAAGAUUCCGGUAAGGAUGUUUUCGCCGAUAUCACUCAAAUAGUUCAAGAUAAUUUGAUGCGAAAAGAAUAUUACUCUAAAUUGAAAAAAGACAAAACUCGAGGUGUUUACACUGGCACUGGUAUUUGGUGCAGUACUGAAAUCGAAGACUGUUGUUACUUCUUGAAGUUACCACACAAGAAUGGAUCUGCUUACAAUGUGGGUAACCCUUUAUCCAAAGACUUUUUGAAUAAAUUCUCCGAAAAUGUGUUAGCUGGUGAUACGGAAAGUGCCGAACAAGUGUUGGCUAUCGCUCGCACUUUGUGGUAUUGGCGUAACAACCGUGACCGCAUUUUCGACCAAAUGGUAGUUUGGUUGUACGAGAAAAACCUUCCGAAACAUUUAAGUGGGGGGCAAUAUGGGGCUAUUAUCCCUCAAGUGGUCGUCUGUGGUACACUAACGCGUAGAGCUGUUGAACCGACAUGGAUGACGGCAUCCAACGCCCGAUCGGAUCGAGUAGGCUCCGAAUUGAGAGCAAUGGUGCAAGCACCACCAGGCUACAAUAUAGUUGGCGCUGAUGUCGACUCACAAGAAUUGUGGAUUGCUUCGAUUAUUGGUGACUCACACAGAGCUAAAAUCCAUGGGGCUACACCUUUUGGUUGGAUGACUCUGAGUGGGAAUAAAUCAGACGCCACUGAUAUGCAUAGUGUCACCGCUAAAGCAGUGGGAAUAUCACGUGACCAUGCAAAAGUCAUUAAUUAUGCUCGAAUUUAUGGUGCGGGUCAAAAUUUUGCAGAGAGACUCCUCAAACAGUUCAAUCCCUCAAUGUCAGAGGCUGAAGCCAAAUCCAAAGCCUCGAAAAUGUUCGCUUUGACUAAAGGCAAACGAGUUUAUCGUUUAAAAAAAGAGUUUUUGAUGGAGUAUUGUGACCAAAGUUACUCCCAUUGGCAGGCGUUUGAAAUGGCGAAAUCGUGGGGCAAACGACUUGAUGAUAUGUUCGAGAGACCUAAAUGGGUUGGAGGUACGGAAUCGGCGAUGUUUAAUCGUUUAGAAUCAAUAGCUACGAAUUUGGAACCACGUACACCGUUUUUGAAUGGGAGGUUAAGUCGGGCUUUGGAACCGAAACUGACAAGUGACGAUCGGUAUUUGCCCACGAGGAUUAAUUGGGUGGUGCAAAGUGGUGCCGCCGAUUUCCUGCAUUUGAUGUUGGUGUGUAUGAGGUGGAUUAUGGGUGAUAAGGCGAGGUUCUGUUUGAGUUUUCACGAUGAAGUGAGAUAUUUGGUUCCGGAGAGGUUUAAGUAUCAAGGGGCGCUUGCAAUGCAUGUGACGAAUCUCUUAACGCGAGCGUUUUGUUCAGUGAGAUUAGGAAUUAAUGAUUUACCGCAAUCUGUGGCGUUUUUUUCCACGGUGGAAGUUGAUACUGUAUUGAGAAAAGAUGCGAAAGAUGAUUGUAAGACGCCGUCGAAUCCACACGGGUUGGAAAAAGGGUAUAAUAUUGCCAAUGGAGAAGGUGUGGAUAUAAAUCAAGCGGUUGAGAAAGCUGGAGGAAGAUUUAGUUAUUGGUAUGAACAGUUGAAAUAAUUUUGUUUUGCUGUUAUGAUGUUUUUGUUUGUUAUAAUAAUAAAAUUUUUAUAAGUA